AUGAAGAACCAAAUCUUUCACCCGUCUUUCUUCAGCAGCAAGUUGAUGAAAAUUCCAUUUCGGAAAUGCCUUGUAAACAUGCAACGAACGAGGCGCACGUCGUGAAAGUAACAAAACAAGGCGAUACUGGGAUCGCCAGUCAAGCCACAGCUAACGAGUUACUGAGUAAAGAACCUCAAGUUGAAAGUGGUCAAGAUAACAUAAAUCAAACACUCAACUGCUCUAGCGACAAACCAUCUGAGGUAGCUGUUACAGGUGUGCGUAGAAGUUCACGUCAACGUUUUCCAGCAAGGAGACUGUCAACUGGUCGCGAAAAGACAGAACCCAACAACCAGCAAAAACAGAGUAUAACUGCACGCAUGCAUCCAGGGAGUAUCUCAGUAAAGAACGCUUCUUACCAUGGGGCAAGCAACAGCACUAAUUCACGCUCGCUUCGCCCAUCCACUGACAAACACGAAAAGGCUGUACGAAAAACUCAUGAGAGUCAAACCUCUUCAGUUCAAAUUAUUUCAGAGAGGAUGCAGGCAUUUAGAGACGUGGAUAGGCAAGGUUCAAGCAAUGCUAACGCACAGGAUUUGCCAGACUUGGCACCGAAGAGAAAGGAUAUUGAAGACACCAGAACUCGAUUAGUGAUACGAGACUCAAAUGAUGUGUUCAGACGACGAUUUCGAAAGGUAAAGAGUUAAAGAACGCUUAGAUAUAUGUCAGGCAGGUAGCUCAAGAAACCUUUGGAUAGCAUAAUGAUUAACAAUGUAGGUGAGUGUACUCCCCGUUCUAGACCGUUAUUGGGUCCUCCGAGUGUUGGCCAAGCCUGGAGUACUCUCAGUAUUUUUCUAAUCUUAAUACGAGCCUCUACUGUUUAUCAGUGGCGGAUCCAGGGGACGGGUCCGGGGGGUCCGGACCCCCAUCAGACCUGACGCUUGUUUGAGGCUAAAAUUCUUACAUCGACAGGAUCGUAUAUCACUUUUUAACUGGCUGAUUUUUUAAUGAAACGCGCGUUGCAUUUUGCCACUAAAAUAAAUUGCAGGGAUAUUCAAGUGGUAAUUGUUUUAGGGUACCCUCCUAUGAUAUGUUCGCCUCUGCUUCCAAAGUAGUAUUAGGGAACUUAAGAUAGAGACGUUUUCGGGGCGACGGCGACCGGACUGGCAGAGCAAUCCUGGAACAGAGGUAGCCGUCGCUUCCCUCCAAAAUUCGAACAUUAAGAUCGCAGUGAACUCAGGAGGACGGCGCCUUGGAGGACUACCGAAGGGGAAAAUAUGGCUUCACAUAAAGAAGUAAGAGAAUUAAUGCUUAAUUGCUUGCAUGCAACAACAACAACUUUAUUUCAGUAUUCCCACGUUAGUACGUGGUAUUACCAACUAUUCUAAACAAUUUUCAAUACAUACGUUUCAUUUAUACGAUACUCUAACGAAAAAAGUGAGCUAAAAACACACAAUUAAAAUAUCGGAGUUCAUAUUUUUUGUCCGGAUACUUUCAUUUGGCUCGUAGGACGAUUUUGUCCAUGUAAAGCUCAGUUACGGUUUGCUGUUUGCCAUAUUGGAUCAGGUUGCAUCUUGACUCUGUGAAAUCCGAAACAUAGAAACAUUAUAAAGAUGUAAUAACAGAGCUUGGAAAUCGAGCUUGAAAUGUGACUCAUAGAAAACAAGGACAAUUUAAGGACGGUAAUCUGCAAAAUUCUGGUUGCUAAAUGCAACAAACCUGAUUGAAAUGAGAGUUAAAUACUCACGUUCUCGCCACAACGCCAAACAGACCAGUUUCACGUCGCCGACGGGAGCACGACGGUAAUGUGGUGAGCAAGAGCAUGCGCAAUUUUGCACAAAUCAUGACGUCACGUCCGGUUGAAGUUGCCGUCGCCCCGAAAACGUCUCCAUCUUAAGUUCCCUAUUUCCCGCGCCAACGGCGACCGGCGACCGGCGUUCACAGAUUGAGAAACACGUGGUCGUCUCUGCUUUCUCAGCUUGUCGACAAUGGUUGCGACAAUUCGGCCGAUAGCCUCUUUCUAUCAACCAGUCAAAUCCAGUGAAAUUUAAACUGAUGAAACAGUUAACGGGGAAGAAGCUGAAGCCAUGGAAUGUGAAAGCGGUAAUUUGGGUGGAGUGGGGAAGGGGGGGGAAGUGUUGGCGAGAAGUAAUUUCCCAGAGAAAGAAAAUCAACGGUCCUUUCUGAACCAAAGUCUGGACUCCCCCCCACCCCCCUCCCCUUCAAUGCAUGUCCUCCAACGAUUGUAAGAACUAUGCAUCGUGAGUCAUCGUUUCGUCUCAUGCUGAGCAGCCUGGCGUUUUCACGGGACAGGUAUUUCCGUCUCUAGUUUCCGCACAAUUUUGACUUUCUGGCCUAAUUUCCGCAAUUAAUCCGGACGACCUUCGUAGGUUUCAAAUAAAUGAUCGGUAGCUUAACAUACUCCCAACAUUUCAUUGGUGAUUCGGAAAAUAAUUUUCGGUGUUUCUUGUAUUUUAGGCAUUGAAGGACUUGGUGGCAAAGCGGAUGUUAAAGUUUCAACAGACAUCUAUGUACAACGAAACUGUGUCAGCUUUAAAAAAAAAGGUGGUAAAUCUCGAAAGAAGAAAUAGAGAUUUGGAGGAAAAGGCUGAAAGACUGCAGGGGUUUAUAACGAAUCUUCAAAACGAGGUAGAUCUAUUAUAAGUUAUGAAUUACGGUUGAUAAAAUAACCUUGUGAACUCCUUGUGCAGAACUGAUGUUGAACGAAAGUAAAUUUGUAAAAUAUAUUUUAAACUGCUGGUUUCGAUCGGAAGAUCUCAACUGAAGGGAACAUAUUCGCGAAUGAGCUGCGUGUAGUAAGCGUAUUCUUUAGUUAUUUAUUUUUUCUAUUCUCAUGCACCUUGCCACCUCUGUUACUACGAACAAUUUAAUUAUUUCAGAGACAAACCUUGCAUAAAGGUAUUAUUUUUCAGAUACGGCAUUUUUUUCGAAAUAAAACCGAAAGGUUCGCAUAGUGAUUGAAUUUGUCUUAAUCUUCCUUAAACAGAUUACGAUUACGUAUUUAACGCCGAAUGUUGUUUCUGUGCAUUACUUAGUUCGAAUCUACAUGUUAAUUUAGAUAUUAUUAUCUGGUAAGAUAUAACAGCAUUCUUCUUGGACCAUUUGUUUUAGAACGAGGAAGAAAGAACGCAGACUGUAUCCCGAGGAACUCAAGUCUCAAUGGGAAUGGUAAGUUAAGACUAUUUUUGUGAGUUUUGUUUGUAUUUAUUGAAUGACUUUGGGUUGGCGAUUACGGCUAUGGGUAAUCUUCUCGGUAAACCGUCGGACAACGCCGUAUCUUUCAGGUCUUUUGGCGAGCUUCCUAUCCUUUUACACCGAGUCAUUUAUUCCAUUUGAACACUGUAUUACGAACAGACCGUAAACAGAAACGAAAUUAACCCCAUGGUUUAAAUUUACCCCUGUUAGGCAAUUGACAAAAUGUUGGCUAAUUUCUCCCCAUAGGUGCCUUUGUAGUCCUCUCCGUCAAAUCCAGGGUGCUCAACCUUUAGUUUUGUGAAAGUAACAAGGGAAAAGCAUCUUAUGCUGCACCCUGUGUGAAAGAGGUUUCGUUUUCUUUUGACUUUUUGAAAAGAAAUGAAUGGACAGAAACUUCUCUAUAGGAAGAUAAUCGGGAGAAAAAUCUAUAUCUGCAAUAGUGCGUCUAUUAAUUUGGUGCUCUUUCCUUUGUUUACCCCGUAAAAUUUUUGUAGAUACUCAGUCGGGCUGCGGUUCCAAGUAGCCAGGCAGAGACACGUGUUCCAGUUUCCACAGACGGACAGACUAUGCUGUACAGUUCCCCGGAUGGACCAGUGAUUGUCAGUGUCUGUGGACAACAGGUAAACAGUGCACCGCCGAGUGCUGGGUCUUCUCAAACCAAUAAAGGGUGCAAUAUCACUCCUCAAGAGGCAGUAUCAGUAUCCGUUGCAAUGCGUUCAGUUCAGGACAAUUACCCAUACCCUCAAAUCCUGAAUGUCUGCUCUGUUAUAAGCUCUGAGUCACAGUCGGUUUUUCAUCAUGCACCUCAACAAUUUUCUAGUAAGGAUUCGUUUGUCCUUCCGGAACAUCGGUUUAUGGAUAGUAGGUCAGGCCAUAGGUCAGGCUGUAAUGGAAACGAGACCACUCAUAUGAGAGCUACAAAUGUCCACAUGCCCAAACCCGGAGCCGCGUUAAAUUUGUCUUCGAAUACUUCUGGGACAGGAAGACAACAGAGGCUUGUUUCAAGUUACACACCUUUUCUUGCAAAUCAAAAAGAGGCUCAGUCAGUUCAUCGCAUCGCCACUGUUCACCCUCAGCAAAUAUUUCCUGCCCCAGAGACUACACUACAUACUGUUUCCCAGCAAAACACCCCCAUGACACAAAUUCAACAAAAUGCGCUGCUGCCUACUAAUCAGGGGGAAGCAAAAGCUGAUCCAGCACGGCCUGAUUCAUUCAGUAAAAGCCGAGAUAUUAGAAGUGUCGCAAGCCUUGCUCCUCAAGGCCAGCAAGCUGUGGCCGAUGCAAAGAACGAUCAUCCUAAAGGAUGCGACAAACGGCUGAAGAACAUCCCAUCUACAAAGUGUCCUCCUUCUGGUUAUCGUAUUAGAGAAUUUCACGAACUUCUUCCGCAUUCGUACCCUAAUGUAAGACGCUAUCAUUGGGAAGAAACGCCUUUUUAUAGAGCUACAUCCUGUUUACGUGGGGAAACUGCUCAAGCUAGCAGGCAACAGACCAGUCAGAUCGAAAGGCCAUUGCGUGAAUGCGUUUGUUGCCCUCCAGAUACCAGUCAGCAAAACACAAGACAAGGGCAAGCUAACGUAUUUCAACCGCAUGUGCAACAACAGGAAAGGCCAGAUUUACCUAGGGUAAAUGCGCAAAGAGUUGGGACAAACGCACAUUUUUCUCUCCAGCCUCAAUCAUUGCAGCAAGGACUACCAACCACAUCCCCUUCAAACAAUUCUCAGCUCAGUCGUUUUUUAGGACCAACUGCUGAAGGUUUGGCUAGACCAAGCCACCUUUCUUCUGCCAACACCAUACCGGUUGCUCCGUUAAGUGCCCAGAAUGGGCUACCGAUUCAGUUACAAGAAGCACCAAACGGGUCGUCUCAAACAUACUUGCGUUCACUGCCAACGCAUCCGGAAAAGCAUCUUCACUCAAAUCAUCCGCGGUUCCCGUUUCAUCGACAGAAACAUGCAAUGCUAUCUGGUGGUCCACAUACGGAGGCUUAUUGGCAGGUAAGAGGGAACGAAAAACAACUAUAUCAUGGUGCCAACAUGCAGAUAGUGCCUGGAGGAGGUGAUGGUAAUUUAAGAAAUUAUUACUUACACAGCCAACGACAGCAACCACAGCAGCAAAACGUGGCACAGUUACAUUUACAACAACAACACCUACAUCAAAAAGAACACGAGACACAGCAGUUACAGCAACACCAUCAACAACAACAAGGACGACAACAGCAACAACUUACCUUAGAACAACUGCAACAACAACAACAACAACAACAACGUUUUUUGAUAAAUCUACAAUGGCGACAACAGCAACAUCAACCCCAACAUCGACCACAACAACCAGUUGAACAACGCCACUGCUACCACCAAAAACAGCCACAUCGACAGCAGCAACAACACCAGCUAAUAAAACGGCGAGAGCAACAGUGGCAACAACAACAACCACAAAGUUCUCAGCAGCAGGUACGAGUAAAUCGCUAUCAACUUCAGCAUGAGGAACAAAAGCAGCAGCAGCAGCAACAACAACAACAACAGCAACAGCCACCUUCAUGGUUGGUGCAUUACCAGCAGAGAGCAGAAUAUCUACAACCCCCAACCUCUUCUUAUCAGGUGGCACAAACCAGAGUAUGCUCUCAGCCACCACCAACUACCAAAUCACAAUGGCCGCAGGGUUUUCAUUUAUUCGUACCCCCUGCACCUUCUCAAGAAACGUCCAUUCCUAGGGAGUCAUUUUGCUCUACAAGUAGUAAUGGAUCAGCAGUGGUUCAAGUUGGCUCUCAAGCAUCAUUGACGCAAAUAAAACAUGCCCGUAUGGGAUCGGAUUUGUCUUGGCAAGGAGCAAGAGAUAUGACUGGUAUCCAGAAUGGAAAUGGCAUAAAUAUUGGACGAAACCAGAGCAACUUGGCGAAUCCACUUCAAACAUCGCACCAGCAGGUCGGGGUUUCUGGCAAAAACUUUACCGAGUUUUCAGCAAAUGCACCACACACUUUGCAGACGGUGGUUUGUCAAGCAGGAAACAUCAGCAGUCAACCCCCGCCUGACGAUACCACGUGUGGAAGCAUUACAACAACACCUUAUGCAAAUAUUCCGUGUAGUUCAUCCGUGGGCUCGACGUUAAAGGCAUCUACCGUAUAUUCUGUGAGCGGUCCUUCAAGGCCUUCAUCUUCACUGGAUGAAACAAAUAGUCGGCCAAUUGUCAGCUCUGUAUGUCGUGAACGGCAGGAAAAUCGUACUUUUGUCAUGCCCACAUCCCAUUCAGGUGGAUCGGUACCAGCCAAAACGUCACCGUUAGAAAGUGAGGGGGAAGUUGAUUUGUCAAUUAACAGUAGAGUGACUAAGAAAGACAUUAUGUUGAAUAGACCUAUUUUUCAGAGUAUUGAAGACACCCCUCCACCUUUACCUGCAGAAUCCGAGCGAAAAAGUCCAUUUACUGACAUAAACAGUACGGGCCAUUCAGAAACCAAACCCGUCGCAGAUGAAGGGAAAGAACUCUUUGAAACAUGCUCUGUUGAACCAAGCAAAGAGACUGAGCCAUGUUCUGUUACGCAAAAAGAGCUUCAGACAGAUCUCGAUACACCUGGGCGACAACCAAACCGAGAGGGUAAACCCUCUCAGUCCGAAAUGCUGCAGGCACCUUGUUUGAUUAAGCCUAUUCUUACUGUCCAGGAAAGUGAUAACGGUAUCGUUUUAUCGUGGGAUUUACAAAAUAGAGAAAAUGAAUCCAAGGUGAAAAAGUAUGAGUUGUUUGCCAUGUCAUCCUCUACUGAAACUACUUCGUCGAACUGCUGGGACCUCCUUGGUCUUGUAGACGCUCUUGAUCUUCCAAUGGCGUGUACCUUAAAUCAGUUUUUGCCCGGCGCUUCUUAUUCCUUUACCGUUCGUGCUCUUACAUUAGAUGAUCGCUGUGGAAUGUUUAGUGAUCCUUGUUCGGUUACAUUUAAUGGAUCACUACUGACAGUGACUGAGAAAAAGUAG